AUGCGCGAGAGGCUAGGCCCACGACUUGACGUCCACGCCCGCUUGGGACCGCAGGGAAAUGUACUUCAAAGGCUAGGCCCCCACGGAGGACAAUCAGACAACCAUCGCAACGAGGAUCGUGAAGAAAGACGCUCGGCUGUCCACUCGCAGACGAACAUUCACGAGAGGCUACGUCCCCAGGGUGGUCAACCGGAUAAUCCUCACAAUGAGGACCGCGAAGAAAGACGCUCCGCUGCUCACUCACAAAGAGACGGCUCUCGUCGACCAACUACGGAGAUCUCUCGCAAGCGCAGUCCACCAACACGCCGCCUAGGCAGCGCAGACGAGAAGGUCGACCCUCGCAGACCCAGGAGGAGGUCAGUCAACGUCGCCCGAAUCGCGAAGGUCGCCAACGUGAUCGACCAGCAAUGUGUAUGGAGGACGUUGAGAAGCUUAUGA